UCGUAUUUCAGUUACUCUUCGAUGGAAAGUCCCGAGGCCGCCGUCACAACAACUAAAAAACAUAAAAAGAUCCGCCGCCACUCCACUCGUCUCGAUGUUCAAUCACAAAGUCUGCGUCGUCCACCCGAAGGAGACAGCAUUAUACAGAAAGAGCCUAUGAAGCUUGCUCAACCGUCAAUGCCAGCGCCCAAGAAAAAGAUCGACAAAGCUGCAAACGCCAAGAAACGUAAACACAAAAACGUUAGUUCAGAUAGCGGUCUGGAGACUGCAAACGAAGAAGGAAAUGCCAAAAAAUCUAAAAAUGACACAAGGUCUGAUUUUCUCACUUCUCUUGGACCACUUAACGACAUCAGUUCGAUACAUCCAGUUCUGGAUAAUACAUUAGAUAGUACUUUCUCGAAAAAAUCUAAGAGUAAAUUAGAUGUAACUUGGGAGAAGGCUGUCUGUAGUGCACGAGGCCAACCAGAUGGGGCUGAACUAUCGAUGAGGAUUCAAAAGAUGGCAGCUAAGACCCCACAAUGUUCUGUUAUUGAAGAACAUGACGAAAAUGAUCAGCCAAGUGAAAGAUGUGAAGAACAGACUGCAGAGGUGAAAAAGAUGGAAAAGAAAACAAAAUCUUUAAAAGUGAAAGUUAAGGGAGCAAUGAAAAAGUUGAAGAAACUGAAAGACAGUAAAUCACUUCCAGCUAAACUGAAAGGAAAUAAGUUGAAAAAUAAAUUGACAAGUAAAGAAGCAGCUGGUGAUGCAAAACGAACAAAAAAAGCUAAUAAAAAUGCGAAAGAGGAAAUAAAGGAUUUUAAAAAGUUGAGGAAUAAUUAUGCCCUGCUCCAAAGUUCAAAAAGAAUUUGGGAAGAACUGAGAAAACAUGACUUGACUGUUGAUAAGCGAGUCAAACUUUGCAAUGACCUUAUGGAUAUAUCAAAAGGCAAAACACAAAUGAUGGCCUUCACUCAUGAUGGUGCCCGAGUAUUACAGUGUCUUAUUCAAUUUGGAAACAUGGAACAGAGAGCUACCCUGUUUGAUGAACUAAAACAUAAAGUUGUUGAGAUGGUCGAGUCAAAAUAUGCAAAAUUCAUUGUCCGAAAAUUUCUUAGUUAUGGCUCAAAGACUGAACGAAAUGCAGUAUUUAAGUCACUUUGCAGCCAAGCAAGUAGACUUAUUAGACACAGAGAAGCAUCAGAAAUCAUUGAGUAUACAUUUAAUGAAUAUGCAAAUGCAACACAACGCCAAGCACUCUUGGAGGAUUUCUAUGGUGCAACUUAUAAGUUUUUGAAGAAUGAUCAGAUCACCUGUUUACAAGAUAUGUUUAAUGCAUACCCCAAGAAGAAGGAAACAAUUUUGGAAAACAUGAAGGAGAUUUUAGUUCCUCUCAUUGAAAAGAGCAUGUUGACGCACUCCAUCAUCCAUCGUCUUUUUUCGGAAUAUUUCUUAUAUGCAGAAAAAGCUAUGCGAACUGAAAUGAUAACUGAAUUGAGAGAGGGCAUUGUAAAUAUGGUGCAUUCCCGAGAUGGUGCACGUGUUGCUAUGAAAUGUAUAUGGUAUGGUAACACCAAGGAUCGGAAAGUAAUGGUAAAAAGUUUCAAAGGUUUCAUAUUGAAAAUGUGCCUGGAAGAAUAUGCUCACCAGGUGUUGCUGGCUACAUUUGAUGUUGUCGAUGACACAAAGUUACUGUCAAAAGUUAUCCUGGAUGAAAUUAUAAAAUCUCUGAAAGAAGUAGCAACAAACUCCUAUGGACGAAAGCUUCUGUUGUACUUGCUUGCACCACGUGAUCCACUACAUUUCCACCCAGAUGUUAUUAAAAUAAUGCGGGAAGGAGAUGACAACGAAUUCAGCAAAAAGGAUUCACUUAUUCGGCAUUCUGAAUUAUUGAAUGCUAUCUCAAAACCAUUAUUGAAACAUGUGACAGAAAAUACUAAAGAGCUGGUCAGUGACAACAACAGCCUUCUAUUUCUUGUCAGCAUCAUCACGCAUGCUAAAGGUGAUAAAACAAAAGCAAUGGAAGCCGUGGCUGAAAUUUGUGCUGAAACUAUGGACAGCAGCAGUCUUGGUGAUCUCCACAUUGUUGAACACCCAGCUGGACAUAUAACUCUGAAGAAGCUCAUUGCUUUUGAUAAAGAAAACUAUGAAACAAAUAAGGAAGAUAAUGAUACAGUGUAUUUUUCCCUGGUCUUACUGAACACUGUUCCUGAGAGUGUAUUGAAAUCUUGGGCUGCUUGUAACCGAGGAUGCUUUAUUUUGUUGGCAAUGUUGGAGACUAACCACCCUGAAGUGUCUGCAAUGUUAUUACCAAUUCUGAAGACUAUGACAAAAUCUCUGAAGAUGUUGAAAUUCAAAGGGGCUCAGUUGCUGUAUGACUUUGUUUUGUAUAAUACAAAAGACUAAGUGUGUCUUGUAAGCUGAGAGAGAAUUCGAAUGGAUGUGCACAGUGACAGAACAAGGAAUAGUAUAUGAGAAAUAAACAUCAUAUCAAAAUGUA